UUACACACGAGCCGAUACUUUUUAACAGACUGCUGCAUGUGAAUCACCUGGUCCGGAUAAAAUGGACAUAGGAGCGUAUAUUCUAAAUGAAUAUAUUCCCGCCAAGCCGCUGGUCGGUAAUCUAGAGGCGUUCUUUACGGAUGAAGAAAAAAUACCUAUUGAAACAUGUGCCCAACUGAGAUGCGGCGAGGGUUUAAAGUUUCCAUUCGCCCGCCUUGAUUCCCAGCCAAGUGCUGUAGCGAUAAAGGAAAGCAAAGUGAUUGUGGCUGCAGAUAAAGCAACAGAGACGAAACGUGUUGUGGAACUGACUCUGGAGUCAUCUUUUGACUACCAACCAGGCGACACCAUCGGUAUUUUGCCAAGCAAUAGAACCGAAAUAGUGGACCGGCUGCUUCAUCAACUUGAACUAAUUGACAAGGCUGACACCACAUGUCACCUUAAGUUAGCGCUCCACUGCGCCAAGAAAAAUGCCAAACUCCCAGCUCACAUUCCGCCAGAGACGACUCCUCGUGAGAUCCUUACCCAAUGCCUGUCCUUAAACUGCCUUCCGCAGAAGCAACUUCUCAGCGCUCUAGCCGGGUUUACAAGAGACGACAAGGAGCGCAGUUUCUUGGCCUGCCUAUCCUCAAAACAGGCCACUAGUCAUUACCAGUCACUUAUACUUGAGCAAGGUCUACUCUUUACCGAUAUUAUGGAACUUUGUGGCAGCUGCAGACCACCGCUGGCCUUUCUGGUGGAGCAUUUGCCACGGCUACUACCGCGGCCUUAUUCCAUAGCCAACAGUCCUUUGGAAGCCGGUGACCAGGAACUUCGCGUUAUCUACUCACUCCUCAGUCACAAACCCGGAGUCACGACAAGCAUGUUAGAGGCGAAAGCACUGCAAAUCGAUGCAGAGCAGCAUACUAAAGUGGUUAUCUACCCGCGACUGAGCAAUGCAUUCCGAUACACAGAGCAGGAUUUGGGCAGCAAUCAAAUACUUAUAGCGGUGGGCACCGGACUGGCGCCCUUCCUCAGUUUCCUUACCCACAAAGAAUACCUUAUAAAACAGCAGCCGCAGCAGGAUAAAGGACAUUCCUGGCUUUACAUUGGCGCCAAGAAACCAGAAGCCAUUCUCAAGCGGGAAAAGCUGCAAUCCUGGCAGCAAUCGUCUGUGCUGCAGCGUCUUCGCAUGUGUCAUUCGAGAGGAGAAUCCCCCAACUAUGUGCAACAAAUGAUGUCCGACGAUGCCGAUGAUCUGAUCACGUUCCUGCUGAAGCCAGAAACUGUGUUAUAUCUGUGCGCCGAUGGCGCCAAGAUUUCUCAAUCUAUUGCCAAUGGAUUAAAUCAGUGUCUGCAGAAAGUUCUUCACAUUACUGAGGAAGAAGCCUCGCAGCAGCUGAAGGAACUGAAGACGAAGGGUAAAUAUCGCGAGGAUGUUUGGCUGUAAGAAGAAGAAGCCCGCAAAUUUGGCCUGCUUAUAGAAAUUGGGCAUCUUUUACAUUAAUUUAUCUAUUUACACUCUCAUAAAUUUUAAAUUUGUUUAGUUUUCCUUUUUUAUCGUUAAGCAAAUUUAUUUUAAGAGCGAAAAAUGAAAUUAGAGAAAGAGCCCAGUUUUGUGUAAUCAAAUCGAUUUGAAAAUUCUAAUUAAGCUGUAUCCCCAUUUUGAUAUUGCUUUGACUGCAGCAUCAACAGAAAAUAUUGAUCCAACGACUGCUUUGGUCGAAUAAGUAAAUAACGAUAUAUUUAACAACACAAAAUAAAAAUUACAGUGCAAGGUAAACUAAAUACAUACAAUUGUGAGGGGCCACUUUCAAAGAUCGAAGUGGAUGGGGGACUACGAGAACUAAAUGGAUUUUGGGUCUGUGUAUAAGGUUGACUUAAAUCGUAAAUUGCAAAAUAAAUCUAAAUAAUAGUAGAAUAUACGAAUACGACUUAGGUUCCAAGCAAACUAAACGUGCGCACAUAAAACAUAAAACUUAGUGUGUGAUUUGCUCUUUGAAUUCAAGCGAUCAUUAAAGCGCUAAUGUGUAUCGUUAUUGUUUUUCCUUUUCUAUAAAUAUCUAUAGAUCUUCGUAUUAUUUAUCAUACUGUUUACGUUUAUUUUGGCAAGUCGGAUCAAGACCUUGCACAUUAAUAUGCAUUUUGUAUUUUAACUACGUUUAAGUUUAAUUGAAAUAGAGCCAAUUCUUUUAGUGUAUAUUAAUAUAAUUACGAAUCGAUCAAAAUUGAUGUCAGCUUCUUCUUUCUCCUAUUCGUCCCUUUACAAUUGCAAUAAAAGUUGCGUAUAAAAAAUUA